AUGCUGUGGCGGCCCCGGCGGGUGCUGCUGCUGCUGGGCGUGCUGGGGGGCUGCCUGCCCCCCCUCCAGACACGGGACUUCACACACAAGGACAUUGUCUACCUCCAUCCUUCCACCACGCCGUACCCUCACGGAUUUAAGUGUUUCACCUGUGAGAAGGCAGCAGAUAAUUACGAGUGCAACCGCUGGGCUCCGGAUGUCUAUUGCCCAAGAGGUACAAGAUACUGCUUCAGCCAACACAUGAUGAAGGUCACUGGGGAGAGCGUCUCGGUCACCAAACGCUGUGUCCCACUGGAGGACUGUCUGUCCACGGGAUGCACCUACAUCAAGCAUGAGGAAUACAAGGUCUGCACGUCCUGCUGCGAGGGCAGCAUCUGCAACUUGCCCCUGCCCCGCAACACGACCGACGCCGUAUUCACAACCCUCUCCCCCCUCAACAAAACACAGAGACUCUCUCCCCCUGUGCUGCUGACCACGGCGUGUCUGUGGCUGGGGCUGAUGUCCCAGCACUGGGUCACCCUGUCCCCCAGGGACAGAGCCUCUGCAUGA